GCUCUUGGCCGAGAUAUAUAAGAGCUCGGAAGGAGGAGAUAAGGAAAGCCCCGGAGAGCUAUUUGCAAACAUCAAAGCACCUCAGGAGGCACCAGGAUGCGGAGGAACCGGAUGUGGGCAAAAGCGUGGCACAUGGUCAUCAUCUGGAGCUUGCUGGUUCCUUCACAAGGCCUUCUUGGUGGUGGUCUCCUUGGUCUUGGCAGUGGUGCAGGCCUCCUUGGCACAGGUAUUGGUGGUGAUAAGGGCCUCCUUGGCACAGGUCUUCUUGGUUCAGGUGGUGGAUCCGGUGGUUCAGGUGGUGGAUCUAGUGAUACAGGCCUUCUUGGUACAGGUAUUGGUGGUGAUAAGGGCCUCCUUGGCACAGGUCUUCUUGCUUCAGGUGGUGGGUCUGGUGAGCCAGCUGGAGGAACUGCUGAAUCAAGUGGUGCCUCUGCUGAUAAAAGUGAUGAUUCUGGGAAAGGUGGUCUGCUUACAGGUUUACUUGGAGGUGGUGGAGGUGGUCUCCUUGGUGGUGGUGGAGGAGGAGAUGGUGGCCUGCUUGGAGGUCUUCUUGGCAACGGAAGUCUCCUUGGUGGUGGAGCUGAAUCAGGAGGUGGUGGCCUUCUUGGUGGAGUCCUGGGAGAAAAAGGACUUCUUGGUGAUAAAGGUCUACUUGGCAAAGAUGGGCUCUUGAAUCUCGGUGGUGAAAAGGGCCUCCUUGGUGGUCUCCUCGGUGAUGACAAAGGCCUUCUCGGGGGUCUCCUUGGGGACAAAGGCCUUCUCGGUGGUCUCCUUGGGGAGAAAGGCCUUCUCGGUGGUCUCCUUGGUGGCGACUUAAUUGGAGGUCUUCUCGGAAGCGGUCAAUCAAAGGAGCCAUUCAAAUGGUUCAAUUUAUUGAACCUUGAGAUUGUCCGAGGCUCUUGGAAGAUCUUACGGGGAACGGAGAUGGUUCUCAACUUCCAAACAAAAUGCACUCUAAAUUUACCUGGGUUACUCCGUUUUAUGAGUGGAUCUUCUGCGGAGAUGAACGUCACUGCUCACCUCGCAUUCAUCCAAAACAAGCCUGGAGACCUCAAGCUGGAGCUCAAAAACUGUAAGGAUCUUGUUGGAGGUUUCUCCAUCAACAUGCCCAAGGGCCUCAUAGGCAUACUGAUGAAUGGUUUAAUUAACACCGUACUCCAUACCCUCCUUCCUACCCUGGUGUGCCCUCUGUUUCAAAUCUGGUUCACUAUCAUCAACUUGCUACUCCAUCUCCUCAAUGAUAUCUUCCUUGGUCUCCCGGGCCAAAUUAUCUCAGCUCUUUCCAGUGUGCCACUUUCCACAGGGCAGUUUACAGAGCUUGACUUUAAGGACAAACCUUUUCCUGGAGCUUUCCUCCAAUGGCUUCUUAACCCCGCAGGGCGCCUUUCAUAUGACCCUGCCUUCAUACCCACUCACCAAACAGGGAAGGCGCCCCGCAGCCAUGGCAGAAAGAAGAAGGGCCAGUGCUGGGUGAGCGUGGUUUGCCUCAAAAAGCACCUCCCGCCUUCCCUGUGCCUGGCCCAGCAAGGCUGA